CUCAUCGCACGGAUGAGCUCGCACCACGCCUACGCCGCUCUCAAUCGCCUCCCCCACAAUUCGCGCCUCCCCCACCGCGCCAUUCCAUCCAUGGCGGUCGCCGCAAUCCAGAACGCCUCCCCCACCGUGCCAGAACCGCAAUCCGCGCCUCCCCAAUCGCGCGCUUCCAUCCAUGGCACACGGUUUGGUCCUUUCCUUCCCAACCGCGCCCCUCCAUCCAUGGCAGUCGCCAGCGCCCUUCCAUCCAUGGAAGCGCGCCCACACUCACACCUCCAUCUCCCCCCCUUCUCUCUCCCUCAAUCGCCCUGAUCCAGAUACCCAAGCACGCGCGUGGCGAAGAGACGGGUGUAACCUCCAGGAUGAUUCAGGGUCGAUGGCGUGGAUCGAAAAUGACCGGGCGCCUUGGCGUCAUCCAACCAGCGCGGAGCUCCAUCCGCAACAAAUUCGAGUGGCCUCGCCUCCGGUCCCGGUCAGUAGACCCGGUCGUGCAGAUCGGCAGGAACUUCACCCCCGUCGGUGAGCAGUCACCGACUUCAUCUCCAACGACUCCGACGAAGACAGGCGGCUCCAGAGCGCGCGUCACGGAGAUCUCCGUCAUCACCGUGUCCGACAGCGGGGUCCCAUGCCUCACGUUUGGGUCCAGGAAUGCGUCUUUCCUCUUGGAGGUGCCACUCGGCGUCGCUGCCUCGCUCCCCGAUGAGGGCCACAUUGGGGGUCGUGCAGUUGAUAGCGGUGUCAUGAUCGAGGAGCGCUUGAAUCUUGUCAUACACGCCUGCUAGGGCGAACCUGAAUCCUGUCGUGUUUGAAGGGUACCAGGUGUGUGGUGUCCCUGGUGGGCAGCUGAUGACCACCAUAGAGACGGUUGUCCCCUUCUCCUCUGUUUGACUGCCUCCACAUCCGCUUCUAUAAAAUUUUAGAUGCAUGGACAUCUGCUUCAAUGGGUUCUGUUGCAUAUGCUCCUGAGAGAGAUGCAAUGGUCUGGAAAGUAAAAUCAUUCCCUGGUGGCAAAGGAGUACAUGUGCAGAGCAGAAUUUAGUCUUCCUAGCAUAACAGCGAAAGAAGGGGCCCCAGAAGAAGGCACCAAUACGAGUGAAAUUUGAGAUACCAUAUUUCACCGUAUCAGGUAUUCAGGUCCGUUAUCUGAAGAUAAUUGAAAAGAGUGGUUACCAGGCACUCCCCUGGGUUAGAUAUAUCACGAUGGCUGGCGAAUAUGAGCUGAGACUUAUAUGAGUUUUCUCUUUUCUGGCUGAUGGAACACAUUUAUGAAGCUGCAAGAUACAUAUUUGCUCGAGACAACAACCGUAUGACAUUUGGAUGUUAGCCUGGACGUCUUCUGUCGACCAUACAAGGUUUCCCUCUGGUGGCUUGUUGUUCAUCUUGUUAGGCUCACCUUACCUUGGUUAUUGUAAGUUACCCGUCAAGUAUAGUUUUUGAAAAAAAGAGAGGAUAAUUUUAAUUUUCAUCUCUCUUGUAUUAUUUUUGAUUUUUUGUGGGUACCAAACUUGAAUUUGUUUCAUCUGAUCGAGUUCACAAAAACACUGCCAUAACUGGGUGAUAGUUCUGAACUGCAUGUUGAAAACAAUUAUGCCCUUUACUGUAAAUGUCGUCGUCUUGUAUCCAGGCAAAAUAAAGGAAACCUACCAAGACCUAUUAUGACUUCAUUAAUUUCAACUUUUUUUGUUUCAACUAUUUCAUUUAA